AUGGAGGGCUGUCAGAAGGCAACGGAAGCAGGGGUGUCCGACGUCAGGGACAUGAUCCGGUACUGGUCAGGGUCGGGCCGGACGCGGAUUCCGGAAAGGUUGCAGGCGACAGAGGAAUCAGAACCGAGAGCGACGCCGAUCCUGAGGGGAGCGAAAAGCGUUAGGCAAGAGAUGGACGAAGAGAGGGGCCUUCUGGGCUUUCCGAGGAAACCGGAAGGGAACGGGGGGAAGCUGAAAACGCAACGGUGCGAAGGCACGUCGGAAAGCAUCAAUCCGAAAACAAGAAAGGAAGUAAGCCGGAGGAUGGCCGGUGGGGAGCUACCGGGGGUGGGAAUGAAACAACGGAAGCGGAGAAUGGAGAUUGGAGUGGAGAAGGCCGCGAAUAACGAGGACGUGGCAGAGCGGAGCGUUCCGGUCGCAGUAAAAGCAGCGAAAUUGCAGAGGACGGAGGCGGCCGGGAACGGCGCAAAAACGGCGGAGCGGAGCGUUCCGUUCGCAGGAAAAAUAACGAAACGGACGGAACAAACUCUGGGACGUCUCGCUGGACGGAACGGAGUCGGACGGAACGAGGUCGGACGGAACAAGCCUAGACAGAACCAAUCUGGACAUAAGGGUUUGGAUGAACCUAGUGUGGACGGAACCAGCCUGGACGGAAAUAAUCCGGACGGAACUGCUUUCGGCGGAUCCAGCUUGGACGAAACCAAACUGGACGGAACCAAUCUUGGAGAAAGCAGCCAGGAAACAACCGCUUUGGAUGCCAGAUUGGACAGAACAAGCUCAACCAUGGCCAACGCGAUCGGAACUAUCUGGGCGGAACCAGCUUGGACGGAAGCAGCCAGGCCGGAAGAAGGCGUUUGGAACGGAAACGUGUGCGGCAGAAGUGGGCCGGAAUCUGGCGGAACGUCCUCGUCGCAGAAGCUAAAGUUGGAAGGGGGUGCGGAGGAAAGGGCCGUGUCCGCGAGGAAGGCGGAACGACGUUCCGCCGCAAAAGCGGAAGCUUCCGCCAUCGCAGCGGACCUGCCGGAGUCCGAGCAGCUCUGA